CGCAGCAGCCGCAACAGCAUCAUCUGUUGAAUUCCCUUAUCACACGCGUCAACAGCAUAGAGGCUAACGCCUCAGCAGCGCCUGCUGCACGACAGACAUGACGAAGCAACUCAACGAGCGCAUCGAUCAGGUCGUCACCAUCGACGGCGACAUAAGUACUUUCAACGGACCAGACUCGAUCAGCAGCACGGUGGCCGCCAUCAAGACGGACAUCACCAAGCUACAGACGAGACCGGAAGCCGCUACAAAGACGUUCAAGAUGCCGCACUUCGACAUCAGCAAGUUCGAUGAUUACAACAAGUCGGACGCCUUGUCAUGGUGGCAACGCUUCCUCACGGAAGCAUCAUGCCGCAUGGUCCCGGAGGACGACAUGUUGAAGGCAGUAUAUCACAUUACGUGGAAGGAGUUCGAGCAGCUAUGGUUCACCAGAUUCAUGGUCCGCAACGUUGUGAAGAUGGCCAUGAACGAGGUCUACACAUGCUCUCAAGGGAACAUGCCAACGCGAGACUGGGCAUCAAAAUGGCAGAAGAUAGUGACCACGCCAGGCUCCGACUUGACGUUCCAUAAUCAACGAUACGAGCUCUUCAAGAAAUGGGAGGCAGGACUGCGGUCGGCACUCGGCAACGAGUACGACUAUACUACGUUCCAGGCCAUUCUGGAUAGAACGAACUUAGUCAUCCAAACGGACGACAAGGCCGCUAACGAGAGGCAAUCCCAGCCGCAUUAUGUGGCUAAACAGGCCUAUCAACGUCCGGCACAUAACAAUGCCGUGUUUUCUGAGGAAAUCGACAACCACCACGCUGCGGCAGCAUCCUCGAGUGAUGGAGGAAUGGUCGCAGCGCUCCCGCCGAAGCRUCCGAAGAGAGUUCGCAAGAACAAGGCGACACAAGAGACAGCGGCGACGGGAGCUGGGCAGCAGCCAUGGACGGCUUAUAAGAUCACCAAGGAGGUCUAUGACCUUCGUCAAAAGAUGGAGCAAGAGGCUCUUCAGAGCCCACCCAAACCACAAGCUGGCAAUAAAAGCACAUUGGAUGGAGAAGACACGUUGGGAAAGGCAGUGCUCAAAAGGAUGGAGCAAGAGUCUCUUCAAAGUUUACCCAAACCACAAGCUGGCAAUAAAAGCACAUUGGAUGGAGAAGACAAGUUGGGAAAGGCGGAAAUUCCUCAGAGGGAGCGGCAGCUGUUAGUUGUCAAGGACUGGCAGCAGUAUAAAGACUCGAAAGGUCUUCUUUUCUCAUUCCUAGGGCAGACAGCUUUGCCCAUAGCUCAUCUGGGACCUGAUUAUUGCGAUGAUGUCAAGGGAGCACUGGAAACGCUAUCCAUUCUGCCAAAUCCGUCAAAUCUUCGUUGUGAAGUUGUGGCAACAGAGAAAACGACUGACAUGAUCUACACUCUUGACUGGGAUAACUGGAGCUCUGAUUUCUUUGAUGAAUUGACGGGACAGCCAGCUCUGCUCACGGCUUUUAUGGUGCCACUUGAUGAUCAGUUGUGGUCAGAUCUGCUACAGGAUGUUCGAGAGUUUGUCCAGUCCCCUGCAGGACCUCCCAAUGAGAAAGCGGAAGUCAUUAGGGAACAGGCUUACAUCCCAGCUUUUGGUGGGACAUUUGACAUGUACUUCGAUAGCGGAAGCCAAAUUGUCCAUGAUGUUCCGUAUACAGCUCAAAAUAGGUAUAUGGGGUCAUUCGUUGAUAGGCUCACCUUAGCACCAGGUGCAUCUGGUAACUUCUACGAGAAUAGGUUCAACGCAACUCACAUGGUUCGGGACUACGUGAUUGAUUUUCCGUACGUGAGGAAUGACUUCCCACUCAUUCAGAUAGACACUGCUAACCUCAGAGGUGAAGGCAUAGCAGCUGAAACUCAGCGUACAAGGAAUCGAUCACAGCCCCUGGAGGGAUCCAUCAUGUUGACAUUCAGAGGUCGAGGACCUGUGCUGCUUCCAUGGGAUGCAUCAGCAGACCAGAUGCUCAGUGUACUUCAUUACUUGGCGGGACCAGGCUCAGUGUCAGUCACUGCUUCACAAGCGUGCUGCAUGAACAGCUUCUGGGAAAUCCGUUUUCUAGGUCCAGAAGUAGGGGGUAAUGUGGAGUGCAUUGGAGUGUCACAAGGGACCUUCACAGCGCUUUCUGCUGCUUUUGGAUGCACAGAAGUGGUGCGGGGAACAUUGAACCGUUUCCAAGGGCCUCUAACUGCAGAGCAUUUGCGGGUACCAGUGACAGCUCCAAUUGUAGCGCAUGUCAGAGUCCAUGGGAUCCCUGGAAGUUGCAGUUCCCUGGGAGCAAGCGACGUUGAUAUCGGCAGGCCGUGGAAGCAAAAUGUCUGCGAAGGUACGUCCUUUCCGUCCACCGUGAUGCAACUCCAAUGGAGUCACGCCAAUCGCCGGGUGCACCGAAGUGCUGUAGGCGAACUCAAUGUCGGGAAGGCGGUCAACCCAGUCCUGAUGAUCCGGGCGGAUGAGUGUGCGGAGCAUCAUCUGCGCAGUCUGGUGCGCACGUUUCGUUUGCCCAUCCGUUUGAGGAUGUCGUGCGAAACUCGGUUUCAUGCUGGUGCCGGAUUCCACCAUGAGUGCCGUCCAAAAGGCCGACAUGAAACGAGUGUCGCGGCCGCUGAUGAUGUCUUCCGGAACGCCGUGGCUGCAAACCAGCCGGUAUGCAAAAGUCGUGCGAGCUCGGGAGCCGUCGCAUGAUACUUGCAUGGACAAAAUCGAGUGUACUUGCUCAAAUGGUCAACGACCGUGAGAAUACUGUCAUGGCCAAGGCGAUCG